GACGCCGACUUCCCAAAGAGUAUGGGAACGACUACUCGACACCUUUUGCCGGUUCGGGUUUCCCGCUCAGCUGAUCACUGACAACGCAACCUACUUUACAAGUAAGGUGUUCUCAGAUUCUUGCGCUGUCUUAGGCAUUCAGCACAAGAAGACUUCCCCGUAUCACCCUCAGGCUAAUAUUACCGAACGUGUUAAUCGGAACCUGAAGAUGAUGUUGGUUGCUUUUACUAGUCAGCACCACCGUGAUUGGGAUCUUCGCCUGACUGAGCUGGCGUUCGCUACACGGACGACGGUCAACAGAUCUACAGGCUUCACCCCGGCGUUCCUGAACUUGGGACGAGAGGCUCCUUUUCCAGUAGAGAAUGCCCUGGGCCUCUGGGAUGGCAGUACCCAGCCUCCUUAUUCAAGGUACGCUGAGGACCUCCAGAGCCGACUGGACGUCGCAGCUCGGACGGCUCGGGAGAACUUGGACGUCGCAAGGUUGGACCAGGCUCGCCAGUACAACCGUGGACGACGGAAUCUCACCUACAGCGUCGGUGAUCUUGUCCUUCGACGGACUCACCCGCUUAGUGAUGCGUCACGUGGCUUUGCAGCUUCGCUCGCAGAUAGGUGGGAUGGCCCCUUCGAGCGGCCAUGCCUCCCCAAAGAAAGCGUAGUCGCGGGCCUGGACGCUCUCCAGGAUCUAGUUCAUCUACCGCCCGGCCUCAGGUACCGAGCCGAUCCGAGCCACCAACUCACCGGUCAGUGGCUACAUGGACCGUCGUAGCGGGAGGCAGACCGGUAUCAUGGGCCUCCCGCUCUCGCUGGACCUCUCAACCGCGCCCGCUUCGCACCGACGACCCGGCGAAAGUGCCUCAACCUUUCAGAGGUCUGUUGUUGACAGACCGACACCUCAAUGACCCCCCGAUUCCGCUGACUGCGGAGGAAAAGAGACUUCUGUGUCCUCUGUGUCAAGUCCCUGAGCUGCACCGUCGAACACAUCGACAAGGACCGCUUCACCGAGCUAGGCAACAGUCCAACAGCAGGGACGUGGCCUCAGCGCUAGAGACAUUGAGGAGGCACAGGCCCGACCUCUUAAGGCCUUCCUCCCCACCGAACCCUGGGGACGACGUGGUCCUGGAGUUCGAUGACGACGACCUCUAAACAUUCUAAAGUUUUCGGUUGUCAAACUGGGUUCGACGUUUUGCGGUGGGGGAAGUGUGGGGCGAAGUAGAGGAAGAAGUUUGGACGUUGCGGGACGACGAGGAAGUGAGAGACUUGGGGGUAAAAGGAGAACGACGAGGGGUUUGUGUAGUCAGUGUGG